UGUUGAGCCACGAAUUUAGACGAUGGAAAAUUAGUAGACAAUUCCCAAUUCCCAAGCAAACCCUAACCCCACUCCCCCAGAUUUUCUCCACCAGAAAUUUUAACUAUUUCCCUCUCCAGACGCUAUUUCCAUAUCCCUGGCCUCUCGAGGUCGAAUUCCCAUUCUCCUUGAUACAUAAUUUCUCUCUCUCUCUCUCUCUCUCUCUCUCUCUCUCUCGUUCUCUCUUUGAUGCGAGUAUUCGGAACUUCUGGGAAUCAGCUUGUGACCGACCGGGAUUGGCACUCAUGUUGAGCUCCGCUUGCUCUAACUGUCUGACUCACCGCCCCUUCCUUCUUCCCUCUAUCACUCGGAUUAGGGUUUCGAACCGACCAGGCACUUUUUCUCAAAGUACCCCGAAUUUCCGGAGCUUUCGAUCUCAUUCGGACCUCUUAAAGACCAAAUUGAAAAUAUCAUGCUUUAGGCAUGAGGAUUUUGCCUCAGAAACCCCAAAGACCGAAUUUCUUGAACAUUAUCUGCCUGAGGAAACGGUGAAGACUGAAAAUGACAAGUCAUAUGCCAGUAAAAGAGAUUGGGCAUCGAACCUUCGAGAGGCUGCAAAUGCAAUGUUCAGGGUGAUUGGGAGCAGAUGGACUGUACCCUGGACAGCAGAGACCAUAUUGAAGGUUAUGCUUCUUUGGAUUGCUGCAUUUUGGUUUAUAGGCUCAUGGAUGAUUCCAUUUGCAGCCCACAUUGCGGGUUUCAAUAAGGACUCUCUGACAUUUAGAGGCCAAGCCUUAUUGAGCCUCAUAACUGAUGUAACUGAAGGCAUUGCUGGAAUUGCAAUCCUUCAUCGCUGCCUUUCUAGGUUUCGUCCUCUUCCACCCGAUUGGUUUAGGUUUAACCUUAGAGGGAACUGGCAUAUUGAUGUGAUUCUGGGGUGCUUCAUGUUUCCACUGGUUAAUCGGCUUUCACAGUUAAACCUUAACCUACUGCCUCUUUUGCCUUCUACACCUGUCACUCUCUCAAGCGUUGAGCAGUCAAUUUUAGCUCGAGAUCCUGUGGCGAUGGGAUUGUAUGCUGUAGUAGUGUCAAUUUGUGCUCCUGUCUGGGAGGAAAUAGUCUUUCGUGGUUUUCUUCUUCCUUCCUUGACAAAGUACAUGCCUGUAUGGUGUGCGGUACUGGUGAGCUCGGUCGUCUUUGCUCUAGCACAUUUUAAUGUACAGAGGAUGCUACCGCUUAUUUUUCUUGGGGUGGUAAUGGGUGUUAUUUUUACACGGUCGAGGAAUCUCUUACCAUCAAUGCUCUUGCAUAGCCUCUGGAACGGAUUUGUGUUCUUGGAUUUGAUGAAGUAACUUCUUUACGUUGUGCUUGCUUAAUAUAUAGUACAGUGAUUGCCCAUCCAACAUCAAUGAAGCACAACUCCAGGCUCAUUUCGUGGGGCUGCAAUUCUUCCAAGUACCGAGUCUAUUCCCCUUAACACGGAUGGAUGCCUGUUCUGUAUCAGCAAAGUCGAUCCCAAAAUGCUGACAGAAAGCAGUACCGCGCGUCCACCUACUGAAUGCAAGAAGUACCAAGUACUGGGCGGACGUGAUAUUCAUUCAAUCAAAUCUUGUUUGUUGAGAGCAUCAUUCCACCACUUUGUUCAUGUAUUUGAUGUCAUAAAGGGUAUAAGGUAUAAAAGAGAGAAUGUGAACAAUAAUAUUCCAAAAUGGAUCGUGUAUUCCACCUUAUGUGAAA